CUAGGCACUCAUGCUCGCUUGGCUCGCCGAUUGAUUGUGCACUAUUGACUGUGCACCAUGUCUCGUAGCUCGCUGUCGUGAUACUUACCCCAGAUUCACAGGCUGGGCGGCCUUCUCCCCAGAUUAACCAUUUGGCUAUAAUUAAGAUGCCUUUUCCGCUUGGUUUCAAAGACAAGACAAGCACACACUGAACCCGCCAACCUGUCUGAACAACCUUGCGUGCAGCUCGCGACAUCGUCAACAUGGCCACCGACGAGUUCAAGUCCAAGGACGUCAUCAACCACUGCGAAAAAACGGGGCCCCAAGACCGAGAUGGCUUACACGAUGCUCAAGAAGCAGCAGAGCAGGAGCGCGAGAUCACGUUUCUUCAGUCUCUGAAGUUGUAUCCUGCCGCUAUCGCCUGGUCGGUCCUUCUCUCGACGGCUAUCGUCAUGGAAGGAUACGAUACGAAGCUGAUCGGGUCCUUGAACGCCCAGCCAGCUUUCACGAAACGGUACGGCACGCUUCUGCCCAGCGGGAAAUACCAGAUUCCCGCACCGUGGCAAGCUGGACUCUCGAACGGCGCUACAAUUGGCUCUCUAAUCGGCCUCUACCUGAACGGACACAUCUCGGAGCGCAUAGGAUUCAAGAAAACAAUGCUCGCAUCGCUCGUGUGGAUGACGGCGGCCAUCUUUAUUCCGGUCUUUGCGCCAAGCAUCGAAGUGCUCCUGGCCGGGCAGAUUCUCCAAGGCAUCCCUUGGGGCGUCUUCCAGACACUGACUACGGCCUACGCUGCCGAAGUGUGUCCUGUCAAUCUUCGCGGCUACCUAACAACAUACGUAAAUCUGUGCUGGGUCUUCGGGCAAUUUCUUUCCGCCGGCGUCUUGCGAGCCAUGGCAGAGCGAACCGACCAGUGGGCCUACAGAAUCCCAUUCGCACUGCAGUGGAUGUGGCCCGUCCCUUUGAUCGUCGGCAUUACAUUCGCCCCGGAAUCCCCCUGGUGGUGUGUCCGGAAGAACCGCAUUGAGGAUGCGAGACGCAACCUGCGUCGCCUUACCCGAUCCAGUAGUGAAUCGGGGGCCGACAUCGACAAGAUGCUUACAUUGAUGCAAGUCACUGUCAACAGGGAGAGGGAGACCGGGACUGGAAGACACUAUCAAGACUGCUUCCGCGGUGUCGACCUCCGCCGGACCAUCAUCGCGUGUGGUUGCUGGGGUAUCCAGAUCAUGUCCGGCACCGGUCUUCGCGUUUAUUCGACGUAUUUCUACCAGCAGGCCGGCCUUCCGUCGACGCAGGCAUUCAACAUGAGUUUGAUCCAGUACGCGCUCGGCAUCGUCGGCGUGUUGAUCGCCUGGUUCCUCCUUCCUCAUUGCGGGCGGCGACCACUUUAUCUCUGGGGUCUGGCCGGCCUGGAAGUAACUCUGAUCAUCAUCGGGGGCCUCGGCACCAUCUCCAACCCGGCACCGUCAAUUGCCUGGGCCAUUGGCAGCAUGCUGAUUGUAUACACGCUCAUUUACGACAUAACCGUGGGGCCGAUAUGCUACGCCAUAGUCUCGGAAGUGCCUUCGUCCGAGCUGCGUAGCAAGACCAUUGUGCUCGCGCGCAUGACAUACAACCUUCUGAACAUCGUCAGCAAUGUCAUUACGCCAUACAUGCUGAAUCCCGGGGCCUGGGCAUGGGGGGCGAAGGCGGGCUUUUUCUUCGCUGGUACCUGCACUCUUUCGCUGGUGUUCACGGCGUUCAAUAUUCCCGAGACAAAGGGGCGCACGUUUGCUGAACUCAAUGUGUUGUUCCGUCAGCGCACAAAGGCUUGGAGAUUCAAGGACCAGAGCGUGAAUCUGGAAGAGGAGUGAGGUUGAGGAAGAGGAAAACCGCAAGGUGGGAAAAAUAUGUCCUUGGUACUGUACCUUAGUUCGGUGUAAUUAAUACAUCACGACGGGGUAAGAUAUACAAGCAUGCAUUGGCCCCUUUCUCGAUGCAUCGUUCUUCCAGAUAAGGCUUAGG